AUGUCGUUCGAAAAUGCUUUGGUCACCAAAGGGUUGAUGAUAGGAAUUGUGACUGUCUCUGCGGCAACAGGGAUAUUCAAUGUCCAACAUCAUCUGCACUUGCAGCUCGUACCUCACAUCUCCAAGCACCAUCAAUACUGGCGAUUAUUGAGCCACCACAUUGCCUGUGCCAACUCGAGCGACGUCUUCCUCAUCCUUCUCUUGUUGUUCAACGCGGGGGUCCACAUCGAACGUUCCUUUGGAAGCUCUAAAUAUGCAUCGUUUCUAGUCGUCACGACGCUCGUGUCCACCAUUACCACAUUUCUCUCGCUUCUCGCACUCCAAGUGGUCCCUCCCGCUGGCGUGCUCUUCAACCGAAUUCCCUCGGGGCCCAUCUCCAUAGUCUUCGCCAUAUUAUACCAGUACAUGCGACUGGUCCCGCAGGCUUACCAAAUGAAAGUCUUCGGGGUUGUGUUCAGCGACAAGAUCUGGCUGUAUGCUCUAGCUGCACAGCUUUUCAUACUGCAUUUUCCAUCCGGCUCGAUACCGGUCGCGGUCGGCCUCCUCUCGGGUUACGUUUACCGAUCGGACAUCCUCCAGCUAAAGAGCUGGAGGGUGCCAUAUAGGAUCCGACGUUUUGCGGAGAGUCUGGCCCCGCUGCUCGGCGCGGAAAAGGCGAUCCGGCGCACGAAUCGAGUGCUUCCCGAGCAGCGGCAGAACCGCAGAGCUCAGUCAUCGGAGGCCGCGGAGGAUUCUGAGGUGGUAACGACCGCACGCCAGCAUCGCGCGCAGACAACGUCGGUCUCGGAACGGCCAGCUGAGCGGCGCGCGACCAGGGCGGACCAGAGGCUCUCUGAUAUCCAGACGCUGACCGCGAUGUUCCCGAACGUCGGGCGGAAUGUGAUCACGGAUGUCAUGCACAGAAGGUGA